GACUUCCGCACGCUUCCUGGUUCAGACAUGACAGCGGUCUCGUCUUGUGAUCUAGGAAGGCACAGUGCCUUUGAAUGCCGAGUAGCAAGCUGUGUCCUCUAGUAGAGAUGGCUGUCACCGGAGUAGGUGUCCUCUUUUUGUGUUUGCUUUUAGACUGUACACGUGGGGCGCCCCGUACCUUUAGCGUGGACUACAAAAGUGACUGUUUCCGGAAAGAUGGGGAAGAGUUCCGCUACAUCUCAGGAAGCAUCCAUUACAACAGGAUACCUAGAGUAUACUGGAAAGACCGGCUGCUGAAGAUGUACAUGGCAGGACUGAACACCAUCCAGACAUAUGUUCCAUGGAACUACCACGAGCCGUCUCCAAACCGGUAUGAUUUUGGCAGAGACAGAGAUCUGGAUCACUUCCUGCAGCUUGCCCAUGACUUGGGCCUCCUGGUCAUACUCAGGCCAGGACCAUACAUAUGUGGAGAGUGGGACAUGGGUGGUUUACCUGCCUGGCUGCUCAACAAGAAAGACAUCGUCCUGCGUUCUUCAGAUCCAGACUACAUUGCUGCUGUUGAUAAGUGGAUGGGGAAGCUGCUGCCAAUGAUAAAACAUUUCCUCUAUCAGAAUGGGGGACCCAUCAUCACUGUCCAGGUGGAGAAUGAGUAUGGCAGCUACUUUGCCUGCGACUACAACUACCUUCGUCAUCUGAUUGCGCUGUUCCGUUCCCACCUGGGAGAUGAAGUGGUGCUGUUCACCACAGAUGGUGCUGGUCUGGGUUAUCUCAAGUGUGGCUCCAUACAGGGGCUGUAUGCCACUGUGGACUUUGGACCAGGAGGGAACGUGACUGCUGCAUUUGAAGCACAAAGACAUGCCGAACCACACGGCCCUCUGGUGAACUCUGAAUUCUACACUGGCUGGCUUGACCACUGGGGAGAGCCCCAUGCAGUAGUGUCCACCUCCAUUGUAGCAAAGUCCCUGAACGAGAUCCUCGCCUUGGGUGCUAAUGUAAACAUGUACAUGUUCAUUGGAGGGACAAAUUUUGAAUACUGGAAUGGUGCUAAUACACCCUACGCCCCUCAGCCUACUAGCUACGAUUACAACGCACCACUAACGGAGGCUGGAGAUCUUACAGACAAGUACUUUGCCAUCCGAGAUGUGAUAAAAAUGUACCACAAGAUUCCAGAAGGUCCAGUUCCUCCGACAACUCCUAAAUAUGCAUAUGGACCUGUACAAAUGAAGAAGUACCAGACCGUGACUGAUGCCCUAAAAGUAUUGUCUUUCUCUGGACCUGUCAAAAGCACUUACCCUCUUAACUUCAUUGACAUGAAGCAGGCCUUUGGGUUUGUUCUCUAUCGGACUAUACUACCUUUUGACUGCAGCUCUCCCACCCCUCUGUCUUCUCCCUUGAAUGGAGUCCACGACAGAGCCUACGUGUCAAUAAAUGGGGUUGCCGUGGGUAUCCUUGAACGGAACAAAGCCCAAACCAUGAAUAUCACGGGGAAGGCUGGCAGCCAGGUGGACAUUCUAGUGGAAAAUAUGGGAAGGGUCAACUAUGGAAAAGAGAUCAACGACUUUAAGGGACUGGUAUCCAACUUGACUCUGGAAGCAGAUGUGCUUGAGGGCUGGAUCACAUACAGCCUCAGCAUUGAUGAGGCCAUCAGCCAGGGACUCCUCUGGAAAACUGACUCUUUUGAGGGGGCUAUCACUGCUGCCCCCCCCUCACACCUUUCCACUCCGGCCUUCUAUGUGGGCAGCUUUGCUAUACCCGAGGGCAUCCCAGACUUGCCCCAGGACACUUACAUUUAUUUCCCUGGCUGGAGGAAGGGACAGGUUUGGAUCAAUGGUUUUAACUUAGGCCGGUACUGGCCCUCCAGAGGCCCUCAGGUGACCUUGUACGUGCCUGCCAGUAUCCUCAGCACAGCCAUGCCCAAUAACGUGACGGUUCUUGAGCUUGAGGGCGCUCCCGGGCCCUGCACUGUGAAGUUCACCAUCACCCCAGUCCUCAAUGCGACGGUCAAGUCAGAGUACAAUCACAAAGGGAUACUGUUUUAUAAGAACAAUUGGCUGUGAUUCUCCUUGCCAAUGCACAUCAGGAAAUCUAGUUUGCACUAGAGCUUGCACUAUUCAUUAUAUCCCUGUCUUAUAUCACCCAGCCUUAUCCAUACAGACUUUAUUGGUGUAGGUACUAUGAGGACAGCUAUACUUCAAACUACUGGAUCAGGUUCUGUGUUCUUUGUAUAAAUACCAUAUUAGCUGCACACUCAACUCCUACUCUACAAAUAUUGUUGAGGAUAAGGGUUCAGUUUUGGGAUGUGGCAUUUAAUGUUUAUAAUCUUUAAAAACAUACAUUUAACUUUAAUAAGGUUAAAGGCUGAUUGUACUACCUAGUUAAUUGUGUUCUGUGAUAUUUCUCACUUUAAUUUACACUUGUUUUUAUUCAAAUGUUCAAAUUACAGAACUUCAGCACUUUGAGUGGUGCUGACAGUCAGUUUAGCUUGUUAAUUCGUGAGUACUGUAAAAUGCAUCUACUUUAACUGCAAAUUCAUAAAAGCAUGGCAGGAUAAUGUGCCAAAUUCUGAACUGCUUUUUUGAUGUUUUGUUUAGUGACUCCUCUGCCAGGGGUUCUUCAAUAUAUGCUAUUUUUAUGGAAUUUAUCAUUGGGAUUUUUUGUAAUCAUAAAAUAUAAUUCUUUUGCACUUUUUACAAAUCAUUUGCAAUGUAUAUAACAUGUCAUUGUGAUGCACAAGCCUUUUCAAACUUUUAAAAUACUUGAAAUAAAAAGCAGAUUUUA